GGGCGCCAUCAGCCCCCACCCCCAGGAAACAGGCUGGCAGCUUGUGCCUGCUACCCACAGAAGCCAGACCUCAUCUUCUUGGGCAGCCAGGUAUGUGCUUGCAAGGGCGAGCUGACUUUCUGGUUCUGUGCAGACGUGCCUGGAAGUUCUUCCUGUAGUCUAACCUUAACCCCUCCAGCUCCCUUAUCUACCACUAGAAGCCAGUCUUGAUAGCCCUGGAAGGACAAGGACAGGCUGUGUUUUUGUUUUGUUUUUCCUAAUGUAUACUAAGUACUUAUCCACAUGCAAAGCCCUGUUUAAGAACACGACAUCUGUCAACUCAUUUAAUCCCUAUAGCAAUUGUAUGAGGUAGGUAUUAUUACAGUCAUCCCUUGGUAUCCAUAGGAGAUUGGUUCCAAGACCCACCCCACUUCCCAAACCAAAAUCCAGGAAUGCUCAAUUUCCUUAUAUUAAAUGGCGUAGGGAAUUCCCUGGCUGUCUAAUGGUUAGGACUCCACCCCUUCACUGCUGUGGGGCAGGGUUCAAUCUCUAGUCAGGGAACUAACUAAGAUCCAACAAGCCAUACAGUACACCAAAAAAAUAAAUUAAAUGGUGUAGUAUUUGCACAUAACAUAUACACAUCUUUCCAUAUACUUUAAGAUAUACUUUUAAGUCAUCUCUAGAUUACUUAUAACAUCUAAUAUAAAUAGUUGUAAAUACAACGUAAAUGCUAGGUAACUAGUUACUAGCAAGCAGUGAACUCGAGUUCUGUUUUUUGGAACUUUUCUGGAUUUUUUUUUUUUUUUGAUUUGCAGUCGGUUGACUCUGCAGAUGUGGAAUCUGUGGAUACAGAGAGCUGACUGUAUGUCUUGAGGAGGAGACUUGAAGUUCAGAGAGCCUAAGUAAUCAGCCUAAGAUCACACAGCUAGUUUGGGGGAGGGGUUAGGAAGCCCCCAGGGCCAUAUAGCUCCAGUGUCUGUGUUCUUAACCCAAGCCACAGCUGCCUCUUGAGUUGGGGUCAUGGUACCUGAAGAAUCUGGGCUGGUCUGAGUUAGAAGUCAGAAAGAGAAAAAGGAUGCACCCUGAGUAUUCUUGCCUCCUGAUUGAGUUUUCCAAAAUCCAAGGAUGCUCAAGCCCCUUAAAUGUUGUAGGGAAUUCCCUGGUGGUCCAGUGGUUAGGAUGCCACACCUUCACUGCCAUGGGCCAGGGUUUGAUCCCUGGCUGGAGAGCUAAGAUCCCACAAGCUGCACAAUGCAGCCAAAAAAUAAAAAUAAAAUGGUAGGGGAGGUGGACCCCACAUAAACCUGUUUCCCAGGAAGAUGGCCGAAAGGCAUUGAGAUUUGCUAGCUUCAGUCAGCAAGAAGCAGAGAGUCUGACCUCUUGACACCCAGACCGGCACAUACUGCCUCUGAAGCAAGAUGGGAGAAGGUAUGUGAAACCCACUUGGACCCUGGCCUGGGAGAGAGGUGGGAAAGGCCUGCCAACCGUGCUCUUCACCUGUACCAGGUUCCCUGCUGGUAGCAAGUUGACUCUGACAGGCUGCGGUAAAGGCAUUUUUACAUCAGCUCUGAGCUUUUCAGACAAGGCAUGAGGAGCUAACUGUCCAAAGUCAUUCACGUGUUAGGGGGAUCUGGGAUGUGAACCCAGGCAGCGAGGACACGGCUCAGGCCCAGGGAGAGGUGCUGAAUAGCCCAGGGUCCCACAGCCACAGCCCCAGAGCUAGAAACUGCUGGCCCUCUUCCAGCCCAGCAAAAGCAAUGACACCUGACUCUUAGCAAAUUGGGGGUGGGGCAGAGGUGGAGCUAGGGAGACCCAGGUGGCCUCUCUUGAGAACCAGCGCACAGGCGGCAGAUUGACCUGGGGCAGCAUGAAGCAGAGCUGGAGACUGAAGCUGUUCAUCCUGGGAGCCGUGGUCCUCACAGAGGGAACUGUCAUUAUGCCUGUGUGUGUACCCUGUGCCCUCGUUGGCCUCUCUCCUUCCACAAUGGCUUUAGGUCUUCAAGCAGCUCAGCAUGCAUGCGGGCAGCGAGGCCCUGGUCCCCCUGAGCCUCAGGAGGGCAACACAGUGCCUGGCGAGUGGCCGUGGCAGGCCAGCGUGAGGAGGCAGGGCAUCCACAUCUGCAGUGGGUCCCUGGUGGCGGACACCUGGGUCCUCACUGCGGCCCACUGCUUUGAAAAGGAGGCAAUGACAGAACUGAACUCCUGGUCAGUUGUCCUGGGUUCUCUGCAGCAUGAAGGUCUGAGCCCAGGGGCUGAGGAGGUGGGGGUAACGGCUCUGCAGCUGCCCAGGGCCUACAACCACUACAGCCAGGGCUCAGACCUGGCCCUCCUCCUACUGGCCCGCCCCGUAGCCCACACACCCCUCUGCUUGCCCCGACCUGCCCAUCGCUUCCCCUUUGGGACUUCCUGCUGGGCCACUGGCUGGGAUCAGGACACCAAUGAUGCUCCCAGGACCCUACGGAAUCUGCGCCUGCGUCUAAUCAGCCGCCCCACGUGUAACUGUCUCUACAACCGCUUGCACCAGCGGUCACUGGCCAGUCCGGCCCGGCCCGGGAUGCUGUGUGGGGGUCCCCAGCCUGGGAUGCAGGGGCCCUGUCAGGGAGAUUCCGGCGGUCCUGUGCUGUGCCGUGAACCCGAUGGACACUGGAUUCAAGCAGGGAUCAUCAGUUUUGCAUCAAGCUGUGCCCGGGAAGACACUCCUGUGCUGCUGACUGAUAUGGCUGCUCACAGCUCCUGGCUGCAGGCUCGAGCUCAGGGGGCAGCCUUCCUAACCCAGAACCCAGAGACCCCGGAGAUUAGUGAUGAGGACAGCUGUGUAGCCUGUGGAUCUCUGAGGAGAGAAGGCCCUCAGGCAGGAGCUCCCUCCCCGUGGCCCUGGGACGCCAGGCUGAAGCACCAAGGGAAGCUGACUUGCGGCGGAGCCCUGGUGUCAGAGGAGGUGGUGCUGACUGCUGCCCAUUGCUUCAUUGGGCGCCAGACCCCAGAGGAAUGGACGGUAGGCCUGGGGGUCGGACCAGAAGAGUCGGGCCUGAAGCAAAUCAUCCUGCAUGGGGCAUAUACCCAUCCAGAGGGGGGCUAUGACGUGGCCCUCCUGCUGUUGGCCCAGCCUGUAACCCUGGGCCCCAGCCUGCGGCCCCUCUGCCUGCCCUACUCCGACCACCGUCUGCCUGAUGGGGAACGUGGCUGGGUCCUGGGCCUGGCCCACCAAGGAGCAGACACUGACUCCCCUCAGACAGUGCCUGUGACCCUCCUGGGGCCCAGGGCCUGUAGCCGCCUACACGCAGCCCUCGGGAGCAACAGCAUUCUGCCAGGGAUGGUGUGUACCAGUGUUGUGGGCGAGCCGCCCAGCUGUGAGGGCCUGUCGGGGGCACCGCUGGUGCACGAAGUGAGGGGCACAUGGUUCCUGGCUGGGCUGCACAGCUUCGGAGAUGCCUGCCAAGGCCCCGCAAGACCUGCUGUCUUUGCGGCACUCCCCACCUACGAGAACUGGGUCAGCAGUUUGGACUGGCAGGUCUACUUUGCUAAGGAGCCUGAGCCUGAGCCCAAGCCCGAGCCCGAGCCCGGAAGCUGCGCAGCUAACAUGAGCCAGCCAGCCCACUGCUGACACGUGGCUCUGGGACGCUGCAGUCACAGCAAGGCAACUCCCAUGGAAUUGCCUCUCUCCCAUCCAGCCCCCCGCCUUUCCCAGGCAGGUCCAACAGCACAGAGGGCUCUGGGAAGGAACCUGCCCUGAAAGCUCCACCCUGCAGGACAGGGAGAUGUCACCCGUGGAUGCCCCCCACCCAGCUCUGCGGUCCAAUGCAGGCAUCCCAAGCUUUUCCUAUUCUUCAUCCCUUCAGAUCCAAUGACACCAGCCAAGUACUUUGAAAAUUUCUUUUUUUGGGGGGAGCAAUUUUCCUGUUUUUUUAAACUUAAAUAAAUUGUUACAAAAUAGA